AUGUGUACUAUAAACAUUAGGCUAUUUUGGUUUUACAAUGUACGAAAAUAUUUUUAUAAUGUACAUAAAAUAAAGAAUUUGAACAACAGGCUAAAUGGUAGUAGCAUAAAGGAAAAAUAUCUUGAUAUUUCAAAUGUGAAUGUAAAUAGCAAUAAAAAUGAAAUAUUUGAAAAUCUGCAAAAAAAAAAAAUUGUUAAUGAAGAGAAGUCCAAAAAUAAAUUCUUUACAACAAAUGGGAAGCAUGUUAAAAAUAUGGAGUAUAUUUUAAAUGAGUUUAACGAGUUCGUUUCGAUCGAUCAGUAUGAAAAAAGGAGGGAAAAACAAAACACUAUGAAAUGCAUGGAAGGAGGGACUAAAAAAUCGGAAGCAAAAAGGGAAGAAAAAAACAAAGAGAAAUUAAACCAUAAAAAGGAUAAAACAAACGUAAGUGAAGAAGAAGAUGACGAAUCAAAAUUGGAUAAAUUAUUAAAAAAAAGAAACGUUAAAAAAGAUAUAGUAACAAUAACAGAUAAAGCUAAAUAUGAGAUUAAGAAAAUUAUAGAAGAUAAUAACAAAGAAAAUAAAAAUGAAAAUUAUGUUUUAAAAUUAUUUUUUAUAACUAAAGGUUGUAAUGGAUUAACUCAUUCUUUUAAUUUUAUUAACAAGGAUGACAUUCAUAAAAAUGAUGAAAUUAUUUAUGAUGAUACAAAAAAAAAAAACAUUCUCCUAGUAAUUGACAGCAAUUGUAUUCUUUAUGUUAUUAACACAACACUCGAUUAUUAUAAAGAUGACUUAACUGAAAAAUUUAUUUUCACAAAUCCGAAUAUAACAUCAGUUUGUCCCUGCGGAACGAGCUUUCACUUUUCAAAAAAAGAGGUAGAUAAAUUGGAGUAA